AAUCAAAAUCGAAUCGGAUUUCAGUUGCUCAACAACCACCAAAAGUGUUAGAAGUGUAUAAACCGGAGUCUCUGUGUAGUAAAAGCAGCAGCACAGCAAAGAUUUUUUUUUGCUUUUUUCCGUUGUUAUUUCGAGAGGAAAACAGAACGUGACUCUAAUCCAACCAGGAUCUAACACUCUUUGGCCAACUGGAAUACAUCUCAUGCGACUGUAAUUGAGACAUAUAGAGAAUCCGAUAGCGAAUGAAAGAGAAUCAAGUGUGAUUACAAAGAGGAGGAGCUAAGUUUAUAAAAUAAACGACAAUAAACGUCGAAGACACCAACGAAACGCACAAACAUCAUAUCGAUAUAUAAAUAAAUAUAUAUAAGAAUUUAUAUAUAAUUUAGUAAACAAAAACAUAUCCCCUAUUUCGGAUUCGGAAGAUUUGGCGGAUUUUGAAGUGUGCUUGAAUUUUCUGAAAAAAAAAAAAAAAUUAUCCAAAUCAUCAUCAUCAUCAUCAAUUCAGCAAUACACAAUAUCGAAUAACAGCAUAUCACUAAGAAACUGUGGAAUUUGUGGAACACAAAAACGAGCGGAACGAAAAUCCUCAUCGUUUUCAAAAUAUAAAGAGAGAAGAAAAGAAAAAACGGAACGGGAAUAAGUAUAACGCACAUAAGCACGCACGCGCAUCAUACAAAUCAUAUAAAAGCAACUACGUUUUAGAGCUCGAAAAAGCAAUAAAACACAUUCGUGGUGCUCGGAGAUAUAAGGGAAUAUAGUCGGAGCAAAAGCUAUUAGAAAAUAACACAAAAGCAAAGAAGAAACGUACGAAACUCGAAUAGGCUGCUUGAGCCACCACGCACAAAAUCUUUCAAGAUCUUUAAAUCGAAGAAAAACGCGCGCGAAAAACUCCAAAUACAAUACAUACACGAUAGGCAGUAGUAAAGAAGAAAAAGAAGAAGACGAAGAAUAGUAGCAGCAGUAAUAAAAGCAGCGUUUCUAUAUAAGCUUCAAAAUGACAGAGGGUGCGACAUCUGUAUCAUGUUUGGAUGAGACAAUACAUCAUAAAUCAUCAUUAGCGCCGGAUGAAUCAAUUGAAUUGCCGGCAUUACGGAACCCUUCAGAUGCUCAUACUCAGGAAAAGCAACAAGAUAAGAAAAUUAAGGUAGCACUGCCAGAUCGAGGAUCAUGGUCAAACAAACUAGAUUUCAUAUUGUCAGUGGUCGGUUUGGCUAUUGGUCUGGGCAACGUAUGGCGUUUCCCUUAUCUUUGCUAUAAAAAUGGUGGCGGUGCAUUUUUAGUUCCGUACUUUAUAACGCUGACAUUAGCUGGUAUACCGAUGUUUUUUAUGGAAUUGGCACUAGGACAAAUGCUAACGAUAGGCGGUUUAGGUGUAUUCAAAAUUGCACCUAUCUUCAAAGGAAUUGGAUACGCUGCUGCCGUGAUGUCAUGCUGGAUGAACGUAUACUACAUCGUUAUUUUAGCUUGGGCAAUAUUUUAUUUCUUCAUGUCGCUUCGUUCAGAUGUUCCAUGGCGUACAUGCAAUAAUUUGUGGAAUACAAGGACUUGCGUUAAUCCAUACGAACGAAAUUCAUUACUUUGUUGGAAUAGUUCGAUCCCCUUCAAUACAACUGCCCAAGAAACCGUCAAAAUGUGUUCAUUAGCUGGAUCGAAUUUUACCAACACCGAACUAACCGAUCCGGUUAAAGAGUUCUGGGAACGUCGUGCAUUGCAAAUUUCGAGCGGUAUCGAAGAAGUUGGUGGUAUUCGUUGGGAAUUGGCCGCAACGCUUUUGGUUGUUUGGAUUAUGUGCUACUUCUGCAUUUGGAAAGGUGUCAAGUGGACUGGAAAAGUUGUCUACUUUACCGCAUUGUUCCCAUACUUUUUAUUGACAAUAUUGUUGAUUCGUGGAAUAACAUUACCAGGUGCCAUUGAAGGAAUUAAAUUCUACGUUAUACCGAACUUUUCGAAGUUAACGGAAGCACAGGUGUGGAUCGAUGCCGUUACUCAGAUCUUCUUCUCAUAUGGAUUGGGUCUUGGUACAUUGGUUGCUUUGGGCAGCUAUAAUAAAUUUACGAACAAUGUUUAUAAGGAUGCAUUGAUUGUGUGCACAGUGAAUUCAAGUACAAGUAUGUUUGCUGGAUUUGUCAUUUUCUCCGUGGUCGGUUUUAUGGCACACGAGCAACAACGAUCAGUAGCUGAUGUGGCACAAUCUGGUCCUGGUCUAGCAUUCUUGGCCUAUCCAUCCGCUGUUCUACAAUUGCCCGGCUCACCAAUCUGGGCGUGCUUGUUCUUCUUUAUGUUGCUACUAAUCGGUUUGGACUCACAAUUCUGUACCAUGGAAGGUUUUAUUACGGCCGUCAUCGACGAAUGGCCACGACUACUUCGUCGUCGCAAGGAGGUGUUCAUUGCAAUCGUUUGCUUCCUCAGCUAUUUAGUUGGUCUGACAUGUAUCACACAGGGCGGAAUGUAUGUCUUCCAAAUUUUGGACCAAUAUGCGGUUAGCGGUUUUUGCUUGCUCUUCCUAAUAUUCUUCGAAUGUGUAUCGAUUUCUUGGGCAUUUGGAGUUGAUCGCUUCUACGAUGGUAUCAAGGAAAUGAUUGGAUAUUAUCCAAUGAAAUUCUGGAAAUUCUGCUGGUGCUAUACAACUCCAUUCAUUUGUGUGUCCGUGUUCAUUUUCAACAUUGUCCAAUGGAAACCGAUCAAAUACUUAAGCUAUGAAUAUCCACCUUGGGCUCAUGCAUUCGGAUGGUUUACAGCCUUGUCAUCGAUGUUAUGCAUACCUGGUUACAUGCUUUGGUUGUGGUUUAAGACUCCUGGUGACAGAGCUGCGAAAAUUCGACAAAUUGUUCGAAUCGACGAUGAUGUGAAAACGUUACGAGAGAAGAUGGUCAUAGAACAACAAAAGCUGAACGAAGUUUAUCUGUAAUCGAGCCUGUACUUCGUUGUAAUCGAUCAAUAAAAAAACAUAAUGAGACUAAAAUGCUAAUAGCCUAUUAGCUCAUAGCAACUAUUUCUUCCAUUUAUCCAGAUGAGACAACACAACAUAGUAAGUCAACGACCAAAACUGAAAUAUAUACUUCAAAAAAAUAAAAGAACAACAAAUAUUUACAAGAAAGAAAAAAAACAACAAAAAAGUAUCUAGUUUUUAGUUUAGUCUGGAGCGAUUUGCUCAAAAAACACACACACACCAAAAGAACAAAAAACAAAGAUAGAAAAUCAAUUCAUGUCAGUUUCGGAAUCUUUUUUUUUUUCAAAUCUUACACAGUAGAUGCAUGUGGUCUUUUUUCUGUUUCUUUGACAUUUGACAAAUUUUAUUAAUUUAUUCAACUAAGAUUUCGUUGAGAAUUGCUAUUUAUUCUUUGUUAUAUUGUACGAAUAAUUGUUUUUCUUUUUAUUUAUUCGAACGUUUUUGAUGUGGUCGUUUCUUAUUUUUUUCGACCACAAACGAAAAGAAGAAGAUAAAGAGAAAAAAAAACAAGAUUAACAUUCAGAUAUAUUUUUGUUCGGUGACUUAUUACUGAAAAUCCUGUUAAUAAAAUGUUACAGAAAAAUGUUUGUACUAUUUUGAAUUUCUACAGUUUGUUUCACAGAAACACAUUAUGUGACUUGACUUGAGAUUUUCGAAACUUUUUUCAAAAAUUCUCUUUCAUUCCACACAUUUUCUGAAUUAAUCUGAAAUAAUACAGAAAUUAUUUGAAUCAUUAUCGUAUAGGAUUUCCAGUAGUUAAUUACCGAUAGAAAAAAACUCUGUGUGAAAGAUUAUAUGAUGGAAUUGUUCCAUUUGUACAAUUUACCUAACAAGGAAAACCAAUGCUUCCAAAUAAAAAUAACGAACAAAAUAAAAUUAAAAAAAAAAACAAACAAUUUAAAAGUAUUUAGAACAAAUUACCAAGAAAAUACUAAAUAAUAAAUAUUAAUAAUAAUAGUAAUAAUUUAAAGGAAAAAAAAAAUAAAAAAAUCAAAUUGAAUAUAAUAAUUAAUCUAAUCGUAGAAAAAAUUUACUUGACUAAAUGCCGUUUUUAUUGUUUUUUGUCUGUGUUUUUGUUUUUGAUUGUUAGAGGAAUAAAAAAAUGAGAUGAACAAAACAAAAACAAACAAGAUUGAUUGAGUUCGAUUCUCAAAACCCUUCGGAAGCUUGUGUGUACUUUUGACAAAAUCUAUACAAAAAAUCAUACACAAUUUUCAUUUGGAUAGAUUUUGACGAAUUAAAUAAAUAAAAGAACAAUAAUUUACUCACAAACACACAAGCGACAAAUAAAAUCAAAUAUUUACCGAAACAUUAAACAACAAAAACAAAAUGAACCGAACAAAAAAAAAAUCUAUAUAGAAUUAUAUAUAAAUUUUAGAAAAUAUUUACCAACACACAAUUAACAACUAUUUGAUUAAAACAAACAAAAAACAUUUAAGCUUUAUCUACAAACACAACCGAAAAUCAAUGGAGAACACAAUUUAUGUAGAACUUAAUUGCUCCGAUAAGCAAAAAAGCACAACAAAAAACACACACAAAUCAAUUCGAAUCCAUCAGAACACACCCGUGCAUAAAAUACUAAUCAACUAAUUGUCAUUUACGAAUUUUUCUUCGCUCACCAUUUCAUAAUUCAGUACUUUAAAACAAAAUAACUCUUUUUAAUUAAAAACUCUACCGAAUAUACAUUUAAAAACAAAAUGAGAAAUGAAGUUACAUAAAUUUAACGACGAAGCUAAUUUUAAUUGAAAGUAAUUAAAUAACAAUGAAUGGAAAAAUUAUAUGAUUAAACCAAAUAAAGAGGAAUAAAUAUACAACUCAUUUAAUUGUAAUCUGGAAAA